AUGAAUUUCUUACGUCAAUCAAUCAAUUCUAAUUCACCACAAACAUGUCUUGAAACCAUUCGUAAAUGCGGUUCAUACUUACCUAACGAGUCCGCCACUGCGAUUUUUUCAUUCUUUGGUGGUUCAAUUCUUCGGUCGUUCGCCGCAGUCCGUACUAUUGCAAAUUCGACAAACAUCCAAGUCUAUUCAUCACUUCUUCCACAAAUCAUCGAACUUACUAAGCACAGCAACAGCUCUCUUGCCGCCCUUGCCAGCAUCUGCGUUCUUCGUCUUGGCGAUGAAUCACACAUGGACAUCGCUACUAAGCGUAUCCUUAAGAACUGCAAGAAAUGGGCUACACCACUUCUUAAAUCAGUUGCACAAGAGGCAUGUGUCUUUGCUGGCAAGUACAAAUCGGACAAGUUAACAGACGUCGCAGUUUUACUUCUCAAAUACACGAAUGACAAGAAAUCUAAGUUCUCGAUCCUUCGAUCUCUUCUUACUACAGAAGGUAUCCCUCGUUCACAACUUCUUCCUAAGCUUUCCGAGUAUUUAGAAGACUGGGACACUGUUGAUGUUGCACGUACUAUCUGUGAUUUCAUUGGUGGACAAGUUGAAUCAUUGGAAGAUCCAGAAGGUAUCAUUCCGGUUCUUUUUAACCGUGUUAACUUAGAUGUUUCAUCAGUUCGCAUGGCCGCUCUUAACACACUUUCAUGUAUUGCAUACA